AUGCCUCGUUCAUUCUUGGUAAAACGCCGUCACUCCAUCAUGGGUAUCACAGGAUGGGGGCACCUUGCGGAUGAAGAAAGAGGAGACAUGUAUAUUCCAGACUCUGUGUUUUGGACACACUCCUCAGAUCAUGGAACACCCACACCACAUGUGCAUGAGGGUCGGUUCGCUUGUCGUGCAUGUCGCAAAUCUUUCCCUCUUCAGCGCAUGUUAACACGUCACCUCAAGUGUCACAGUACCCAGAAGAGGCACAGGUGUCCCUGCUGUGCAAAAGGAUUUAAUGACACGUUCGAUCUCAAGCGGCAUAUGAGAACUCACACAGGAAUCCGUCCAUACAAAUGUCCAGUUUGUGACAAGUCUUUUACCCAGCGUUGCUCCUUGGAAAGCCAUCUACGCAAGAUCCAUGGAGUAGUACAGAGUUACGCGUACCGCCAGCGCCGUUCCAAAAUCUAUGUGUGUGAAGAAUGUGGCUUCACGUCUCCAAGUGCGGACACCUACACCCUGCAUGUCAUCGAGGUCCAUCCUAGCAGUCCUGUGCUAUCCAAGCAUCUAAGAAAACGGGGGGCUGGAGUUCUGAGGGGAGAAAUGGGGGUCUUACUACACCCUACACCUCGUUAUGCCUCAACUACUAUUCACUCCAGGUGACGCAGGUUACUG